CUUAUUCAUCAACGAAACCAGCCAAUGAAACGACUAUGCCGGCACAUUUAUGACGCUAAGCUCUUUUUUAUUUCAGUAUGUUGGACUUCGAGCAACAUUCAUGCGCUUCGAUGGAUCCAGACAUGCCGAGAGCCCACUAUGGAUGUCAGGCGAGGAAGUCUGGAGAACUUACCAUGUAACGGCCUCGGCGUCGAGGCGGCGUUCGCAGAACAAGCUGAGCGUAGAAAAAAAUCAGGUGAUGACAGUGGUUCUCGAAUCCUGUUAAACGCCUGGCUGAACGGUCCAGUGGGACUACGUUUAUUUCCUCGCUACGCCGCAAAGUUCAUAUCGCUUCUCCAUUGAUUGCGGCACAAUUAGGUACAACAAGGAUAUUGAAUUCUUUCAAUAACAUACCUUAACACGGAAUUUCGCGAUUAUUAUACGAUUUAUCCUAUGGGUACGGUGUCUAAGUGAGAGUUAGGCAACGGCCCGGCGGUUCCAAGGCUAUCAUACGAUCAGAAGACCACACUAGCUACGAUGCGCAGGGUUAUAUCUUCGGCAACUACCAGCAGUAGUUGGCGGAGUAGAGACGCUACAUUACCUAUAGGUAGUAGGACGAUGUCUACCAGUAGCUGGACUACAGCAAGCGUAUCGGACAGUGAGGGUUUGUUCUUUACCUCGCUUAACUCUCUUGCGCCCGUCACGAUCGUGAUGUUACACGUCUUGUUGAGCUCUCAUCUUGAGUGGCAACAUUGCUGGCCCAAGCUGUCCGAAUACCAUCUUCUCAUACCCGAUUUACCGCAGCACUCGCGCUCACGUCAUGUUAAACCUUUCUCGUUCGUCUUAGCUGCUGAUCUCGUGGCCCAAAUAAUCCGGGAACAUGCUCACGACGGACGGGCACAUCUCGUUGGAUUAUCAACGGGUGGAUUUGUGGCAAUGGAAAUAAUAAAACGGCAUCCAGAUAUCGUUCUGAGCGCCUUCUUGUCAGGCGCUACUCCAGUCAACGAUGUAUGGAAGAGCAUAAACUCCCAGCCGAAGAUUGUUCAUAUAGGGCUAUCAGUUCUACUAUAUAGCCCGAGAAGCUGGUUGUUCAAAGCAACAGGAUGGGCUCCGGAGUAUCAAAAUGAAGACCUUGUGAAAGAAAUCAAGCGGAAUAACACAUCACAAUUGUUCGGAGCAGGGACUCGUGACACAGGUAAUUGGAGGAGAGAUGACAUGGUAGAAGUUGGAAAGAAGGAUAAAAGAAUCGCCCUAGUCGCCGGAGGCAAGCAGGAUAAUGUCGAGGGUAUGCGAGAAAUGGGACAGUUAUUGGAGUCAUUGGGCUCGAAUGACGGUAGGGAAUCACGCGCGUUUGUAGUAAGAGAUGCUAUUCACGCGUGGAAUUUGCAGGAUCCUGUACUGUUCGCUAAAGGGAUACGAGCAUGGGUUGAAAAAGCCCCAUUACCACCAGCGUUUGAGCUCCUCGAGCCACAAGUCACCAUGAUAGAGACAACAUGAUAGGCGAAAGGACCAUUAACAUUAACGAUAUGGAACUUAGCCGAGUCCUUAACAUCAACUCAAGUGUGGACUCGGCUGUAGCUUGGUUUUGGUUGAUAUCACCCGACCAAAUUUCAACAGCAAAUCAAGACGCAGCUUGGCGCCCCUAGAUGGGCGACAGUGUCGAGAAGACGGUCGAUACAUUACGAUACAGGAUAGUUGACUUGGGGUAGUUGACCAUCGUCAAACACUUGCUCAACUCUCGCGAUAGUCGACCUACCCACCCACCUGGGUUAGGUACCUACCUGGAAGGUACCUGUCAGAGUUUCUGACCAUCAAACCUAGGUAGUCGGAGCUUUAUAACAACUUUCAUAUCAUAGAUACCCUAUUUAUAGAAGCCUAGCAUAUCAUCGACAUGACACUCGGAUUGAAAAUAAACCGAUGAUACUGAACGUACCGACUGAGUCCUCGAGGAAUGGGAAAUACCUCCUAAUCCCUUCCCUAACGUGAUUAGAAAAGAAAGCGAUCAUAACAAAGCGUUUUAACCUGAGCUGCCUAGUACUUCUUUCAUUAACCGUAGCUUAUCUGUAAC